AUGAUAAUUGUAGAAAAUAUCACUCCCAACAACAAACAACAAAUUAAAAAUAAAAAAAGUUUUCGAAAUAAAAUUGAAAUUAUUUUUAAUAAAUUGGCUAAAAUUUAUGUUAAAAUAGUUUCGAAUAUUUGGGCUUCCAUUUUUAUUUGUUUUGUUUGGUUAACUGUUUUGCUUGUUUGUAUUAAGGCAUUAACACAAUUCGAAAUUAAUUUAACAACCAAAAAAUUAUUCCCUCCAGAUUCUCCAUUAUUGGAAAUUGAAAAUUAUCGAGAAGAGAAAGUUCUCCCAUUUUAUACCCAAGCACAAAUAUUUAUUGAAAAUCCUGGGGAUUUAACAAAUAAAAAAAGAAGAAAACAUUUGGAUAAUUUAGUUGAUGAAAUGGAACAUUUGCCAAAUGCUUAUCCAGCAGAGAGUAGUUUUUAUUUUGUUAGGGCUUUUGAAGCUUUUGAGAAAUCUUUAUCUGAAGGAAAUGGAGGGGAAAUUAUUGACGAAGAUAACAGUAAUUUAACUACAACAACAACAAUUUCUUCAACCCCAAAAACACAAAAUUUUGAUUUGACUGAUUUAGAGAAUUUUCUUUUAUGGCCAGAAAAUACCCAUUGGAAAGGUCUUAUCAAUUAUCACACAGAUAACCUAAAAAAUGAAAGUGAAUUAACCACACAUUUGGAUAGUUUAAUGGUUACUGUAGCCUAUCACGGAGAAGAACUGAAAGAUUGGCAUUAUAGGGCUUUAAUGCUAAAUCAGUGGCGGUCUGUUGUUGAUAAAUAUAAUGAUGAAUUUAAUGUUACUGUUUUACAUGAUGAUGGUUUAUAUUUGGAUUUGUUGGAAAAUAUGCCAACAGAUAUUUGGCAAUCUGCAGUAGCUACUUUAUUUUGUAUGGCUAUUAUUUGUGCUUUAUUUAUGGGUAGUAAUUUCUUUGUUGUUUGUGUAACUACUGGAGUUAUUGCUUCUAUUUGUGCUGAAACACUUGGAAUAUUAUCUCUAACGGGAAUGUCUAUGGAUCCAGUUUUAAUGUCUGCAGUAAUUAUUUCUAUUGGAUUUAGUGUUGAUAUUCCUGCACAUGUUUCUUAUCAUUUCCAUACAGCAAAAUGGGAAGAUGAAGAUAAUAACGGAAAUCAGAAAACCAGAAAAACGCCUAGAAGCAUUCCAGAACGUGUGCAAAGGGCUUUUUCUUCUGUUGGAUUUCCUGCACUUCAAGCAUCAGCUUGUACAAAUGCUUGUGCUUUAGCAUUAUUAUUUUUGCCUCUUUACAUUGCUCAAGUUUUUGCCCGAGUUAUUUUAAUUUGCAUUACUUUGGGAACAAUUCAUUCAUUAUUACUUUUGCCUGCUUUAUUUACAAUUGUGGCUAGUGUGGAAAAUUUUUAUGAUAAAUAUUUUGGUGAAAAUACAGUUAAAUUAAUAAAUGGAAAGAAACAAUUAAAGAAACAAAAUUCUUCAUUUCGAGUUUAA